AGAAAACAACGCCUUACUUACCUUAGUUAGUUCAUCGGUUCUUUGUAGGUUCGCGCGCUCACGAGUCACGUCUAGGGUUUGGCGGCCAAGGGUCGUGACACUACCUUUCUGCCUGCUUGAAGUGGAGUCGUUGAUUGGCCUUCAUCUAGCUCCCGCCAGCGCCCUACGCGGGAAAUCGCAGCCGACAGGCAAACGCCUCGGGAAUCAGCUGUGCCCCGCGCCUCGUGGGCCACCAGGAGCUGUUGCUGCCCCCGGUGUCUCCGCCCUCAACUUCCAAACCCUAGGGGCGGUAGAGGCUCCAAACUCGGGCGCUUUGGCCGUGACCGUCCGAGGUGGGCGUCAUUGCGAGUUGGUGACCCACGGGUUGCGGUUGACUAGUGCCUUUUCUUUUCUUCCUGGACUGAAUGGAGCAAGGGGAGAACCAAUCAGCUGAUAGUUUUGUUGUUUCAUCAUCGGAUAAUAAUGAGCUGGAAGAUUUACCUGUGAAGGAAAGAUGCUUUGAGCAGAGAGAAGCUCUUCCUGGGGAGCCUCGCUGUGUUGUGUGUGGCCGAUAUGGUGAAUAUAUAUGUGAUCAGACUGAUGAUGACAUCUGCAGUGUGGAAUGUAAGACAAUCCUUCUUUCUCGGAUAGUUGCUAAAACAAAGCCAGCAGUAAAAGCAGCAAAGCGUGUGAACCUUCCUUUAGGCGAUGAGAGCUUUUGUAUUAAGGACAUCAAUUUUCCAAAUAUACUUACUUUAGCUGACAGCCGGAUCAGUUCACUGAGGAGUAAACUUGACAUUUGUGUCAAGGGUGAUGCUGUUCCUGAUCCAAUCAUGUGUUUCUCUGCCUGUGGUCUUCCUGAGAAGCUUGUGCACAAUCUCGAGACUGCGGGAUAUUGCAUGCCUACUCCAGUGCAGAUGCAAGUCAUCCCUGCAUCAAUGAGUAAUAGAAGUUUACUUGUUUCUGCUGAUACUGGUUCAGGGAAAACUGCAUCUUUUCUAAUUCCCAUAAUUGCUCAUUGUUCACGAUUAAGAUCACAAGAAUGCACAGGCAAUCAAGGACCGUUGGCUAUAGUUCUUGCUCCAACAAGAGAGCUAUGCCUGCAGGUAGAAGAGCAAGCAAAGGUGCUUGGUAAAGGUUUGCCUUUCAAAACUGCUCUAAUUGUCGGCGGAGAUCCAUUGCCUCAACAAAUUUACAGAAUUGAAAAUGGUGUUGAGUUAAUUGUUGGCACCCCUGGGAGGCUAAUUGAUCUUCUCAUGAAACACAAUGUUGACCUUACCUAUGUUUCUGUAUUCGUUUUGGAUGAGGUGGACUGCCUGCUGGAGAGGGGAUUCAGGGAUCAGGCCAUGCAGAUUUUUCAGUCACUUUCACACCCACAGGUUAUGAUGUUUUCAGCAACAAUACAUUCAGAAGUUGAGAAGAUGUCUAACUCACUGGCUAAUAAUGUGAUAAGUAUCUCUUGUGGGAACCCAAACAGACCAAACAAAUUAGUUAAACAAGUAGUCAUUUGGGUGGAGUCUAAGAAGAAGAAGCAGAAGAUUUUUGAGAUAAUGAAAAGCAAGCAACAUUUUAAACCUCCUGCUGUUGUGUUUGUGAGUUCCAGGGUUGGAGCUGAUCUGUUGUCUGAAGCAAUUACUGUUGCUACUGGAUUAGAGGUUGUUUCUAUCCAUGGUGAGAAAACGAUGAUUGAGAGAAGAGAGAAUUUGCGAAGGUUUUUAACAGGAGAAGUAUCUGUCGUUGUUUCUACUGGCGUCCUGGGGCGUGGAAUGGAUCUUCUGAAAGUACGUCAAGUGAUAUUGUUUGAUUUACCAAAUUCCAUUGAUGAAUAUAUUCACCAAGUUGGAAGGGCAUCCCGGAUGGGUGAGGAGGGUAUGGCUGUUGUGUUUGUGAAUGAGGAGGAUAGAAGGAUUUUCAAAGAGCUUGUUCAGGUUCUGAAGACUGCAGGAGCACCGAUACCCCGUGAAAUUGCAAAUUCAAGAUACACAGCUGGUGUUUAUGUUGGUAGCGAGAGGAAGAGAAAGUUGAGCUCUAGGUCUCGUUCUUGACCAACAUGUGUGAAAGAGUUGCUCUAUCUUUCUUGAAAUGAAAUAUGAUGUUUUUGCAUGUUUUUCUGAGACUGUCUUGUCAAUUCGUUUGAAGAUCUGUCUAUUUAGUAUCUACCUAAAGGAUAAUUUGGUUAUCUCUAGAGUUCAUACUAUUCCUGAAUUUCAAUCAUGCACAGACCCAACAGGGGCAAACAGUCCAUGAUUAUUUCUCAAUGUGUGAUGUCUGAGAUCAAUACAUUGGAAAAACAUAAACAAGAUUCAUUGCUUGUAAAUUUUAACAAAAUGGGUUUGCACUGUCAUGUUUGCAUGCCAGCUAAGAUACAAGUUGUUACUUGUUAGGGGUAGCUCAAUGCCAAGAAUUGCUGAUCAUGAGUUUACUACUACUGUGGUGGAUGAAUCACCACUAUGCAAGUUAUUUUCACUAAUGUAUCUGAUUGGAUGGCUGCCUUUUCGGUCAUAAUGGCAUGUGAUGGGCACAUGAAGGCCUCAAUUUUGGUAUGGUAUGGUAACUCUGAUUCCGGCCAUGGGAUACUGGAGCUAGAUGGCAAAAUUCUAAGAACAAUCAAUUGUUCCUAGUCUGAUGGCAAAUGUUAUGCUGAUCAUUAUGACAUUUGUCUGUACUACCUUGUCAUGAUUAUCAAUUAUUUAUAUAUUACAUUUGCUUAUUUAAUGAGGAGAAAUAUAACCUUAAGGCCUUUAAAGUGUUUGUUGCACAUCUUCAUGGUCCAUACGCUGGGUUGAUUGUUCCACCCUUAGUGCAUCUCUACGUCCACAUUGUAGAGCUUUUGAUAGUUACAUGAUGCUGAACAUAGUGCAUGACCUAUUCAUUAAUACAAGAUUGGCAGAAGAGGGUAUCUUUAAAGGCAAAAACUGCUAUGCAAUCAAGCUACCAAAAGUCAUGAUUUUUUUUUUAAAAAGAAUAUAAUUGUACUUCAUUGUUUACUCUACCAAUAUAUAAAGUUUACGUUCUAAUUCAUUCUAUGUUAAGAGAUAUAAAUAAGAGAAUUAUAUCAUUUUUCUCCUUUUUAUAUCUCCUAACAUAGGAUGAAUUAGAAUACAAAAUUUAAUAUAUUGGUAGAGUAAAUAAUGAAGUACAUAUAUAAUUCUUUUGAGAAUUUUUUAUGACUUUAAUUUGAUGGCACGACGAUUGCACGAGAAUCUUGAUUGCAUAACAGUUUUUGCCAUCUUUAAAUGUUCCAUUCUUAAUAGUGUUCAGUAGUGCUUGGUAAUGUGGAAUUGGAUGUAUUGUCUACUUGCUGGUUUGUCUUGUAUGCCAUAGUGAUGACAUCUCAUAAAGCAUGGCCCUUCUAACCAUUCUUUCAUAAAAGUAAAGUUAUCCGCAAACAUCACCUUCAUCCUGUUUUGAGAUUUUUUAUUUGUUUAGCUUUUUUUUCUUUGUUUGAAGAAAUAAAGUAAGACUGUAUACUCACUAUUUAAAAAAAAACUGUUGAGAUUCUUCAACUGAGUUUGACAUCAGGAUCCAAGCAAAGGAUGAGCAGUAACACAAUCAUAAUCUAUUUAUUUCUUUUAUAAGCAAUUAUAUCACUGACAUUGAUGUGUAACAAAGUAUCUUGAUAGGAACAUGUGUAUGUAGAGCUUUUCACGUACAUAGAACUGCACACAAUUGCAAACUUUAUAGUUCUUGUAAGUUGGAUUUAGUAAUAGACAUAUAUCUAUAUUACUGAAGCAACCUGAACUGCUUGUGUACCAACCGACCUAGCGAAACUCUGAUCUGGGAUGGUGACUUGUGCUGUUUGAUCCAUGCUUUUCAGAUGAUGAAGCGACCUUGGUCAUCUCCGUUUGAGGGUGAAGCUGGGCUGCUGCUGCUCAGCAACUCUUCGAUCAUUUGCAGUGCGAUCCUCUCCUCCUCAUCCAUCGGCGUGGCUGGUGGAGCAGUUGUUGCUGAUGUGGACUGUGAUGCAGCAUCAGUGGAUGCUGCAUCUUUGUUGAGCUCCACUGUCAUGACCCAGUUGGAGUCAGCACGGGCUCCUGCACGCUUCUGCCAAACACCAAUGUGGGACUUCUCAGGGUCAAGGCGGAGACAGGUCAGGGACGGUGAUGGCGCCUUGCAGCAUUUGCGGAGCUUCGCACUGAGAAUCUGGGACAGGUUGGUGGUAGAGGAGCCGCUGCUGAAGUUGCUGCGGGCGUCCCUUCCCGCAGCUGGGGUAGGCUCCCCUGUGCUGCUUCUUUGGAUUGGGAAGUUGGUCUUGGCGUUGCGUCCGCUCAUCAGCACAGCAGCCUCAUCAUAUGCUCUCGCUGCCUCCUCAGCCGUCUCAAAGAGCUACUGGGGCCAAUCAUAUUGUUGAGUAUCACUGGAAGCGUGGACACUGCGGCAAAGCAUAUAGGUAAGACUUGUGCUGAAACUUAGGGUGUUGGAAUAUUUACUGCAUAUUUUUGAGAUAACGUCAAAAUUCUUUUGCUUCAUUUGGAAUCUCUAGUCGUGUUCCGUCACCCAAUUUUUUCUCUAUAAAUAUGUAAUGGGAUGUUGAAAUUUACAGUGAAUUGUUCUUGAACUGAAUAUAGAUUGUGUGUUUAGAGUGAUUUCAGUGCGACCUGUGUAUGAGAAUUGACAAGGGUGCCUUUGUCCUGGGGUGUUAGUUCUGGAAUUGCUUGGAGAUGGUUGGCAUUUAAGCUUGUCUGAGGUAGCUGCAGGUACAGACUGGUGAUGAUGAUGGUGUGUGCUCAGUUGAUGGAUACUUGUUCAAUGAAGAAAUAUAAAAGUUUUUUUUUUCUGUCACUUAUAAUAUGGGAGUAGACUGAACUGUUGUUCAGUGGAGAAUUUGAUAGUAUGUUUACAUUUUGGCUUCGCUAUAUUCUCACAAUAGAAAUCAGGUUGCAAAAUGGUUAUGAAGUUAGGCUAUAAUAAUCUGUCUACACGUAACUUCAUUUCUUCUCCAUUGAACAUCUCGUGUGCUUCGGUUUGUAGAAAAUUUCAUUUCAUUUCACUUGAACUUGGCUUUCUUUCGUUAACCUCUGAAACUAUCCACAAGACGGUAGCUCUAAAGGUUUAUGGUAGUCUGCUUCAGCAAUAAGCUUACUCUUGUCUUAGGAUGACAAAUGUUUAUAGUAAGAUCAGAUCCUUCGCUGUAUCCAAACAUUCUAAUAAUUUUGGGUUCUUUGAAAGGGAGCUGGAGUCUUUGCUGAAAAUGUUUGGUUGCAGAUUACGACUUUGCACACUUAAAUGUUGUGUUCCCUCUCCCACAACUUUCCCGUUUGGGUGCUUUCCAGAAAAAAAAACUGUUGCCAUUUUGUUUGGAAGUAUCAGUUUGCACGCAUUGUUUGGAUGUGAAGUAUCUUAAUGGUUUUGACUGGGGUUUUUCAGCAAGUCACACCUUGGAAUAUCUUUCACAGCCGUGCUUUUUUAGAAAGGGAGAAAAAGAAAAAAAAAAUCAGUUACGGGUGAGCUCGUGGUCAUGCCGUGCGCUCGUAUUUCUAAGCCGAGCCAUUUGCAUGAAUGAGGUGCUAGGCUUUCCUGUGAUACCAAAAUGAAGCGUCGGUCUGCAAUAAAUCGGUAAGCUGUGGGUCAUAUUUUUACCAGGCGAGCAACUGCCCCCGUUGCUACAGAAGUUAAGCUGUGUAAAAUAAAAAGGUGAAAUAAAUUGAUUGAGUCUGUUGCCCUUGUCGAGUUAAUUAAUGAGAAACAGGUACCUGCAGUACAUCUACGGUGGGGAUGUCAUGUGUCAGUCGAUCACCUCUGACUGGAGCAUAAGAAGGUUCUGUGAGAUCUUGUCCUCUGACACUGUCUGGUACGUACACCCUUUUCUCACGCAUUGUGCACAGGUGUAUCUUUAAAAAUUGCCGGUGGAGUCAAAAGAAAAUAGGAGCAUGCAGUGCACUGUAUUUUAUUUGGAUUUGAAGCCCCUGCAUGUUUGGCAGCAGUUAUCUGUUCCUCAGCUCCUGUAACCUGAGGCGCAUCUCGGAGUCCGAAUUAUUAUUUUUAAUCAUCACCUACGUUAGAAAUGAAUCUGUUUGAUGUUGCCUAGGCGCAGUGGACAGAGAGGUAAGGUUCUUUUUGGGACCAUAUAUAUGACUAAGCUGGUCUCCCCAAAUCAUUCCCGGCAAAAUCAUGGACCUUAGCGAGGAACCGGAAGCUGCUUGGUUUUCUUUCUUUCUUUCUUUUAUGUAUAUGUUUGUAUUCUGUAUAGAUUAUUAAUCCGCUCAAAGCGGCAAACCGACAUGCAUGGUAUAGUAAAAUAUGAAUAUACUAGUACUAUAGAUAAGUUCCA